AUGUAUGGGGGAGUUAAAGUGGCCCUCUGGGCCUUGACAUGUCUACUGGCCAUGACCACCGUCUUCUUUAACGGCUACAUCCUGCUGAUGAGUCUGUUGAACAACAGGAAGAACAAGAAAUGGAGUCCCAGUGAAACCAUCAUCCUGGCUCUAUCUAUAGCUAACAUGGCUCAUCAGCUGAUCUGCUACUUCUGGAUGACCAUGGCAGAAUUGGACAAUAAGUGCCUAAUUUUGCAAAUCCCUUACACGAUCAUGCUGCUGCUGGUCUACAGCCUCAAGUUCACCAUCAUGUGGGACAGCAGCUUCCUCACGUUUUACUACAGCACCAAGCUGGUGAACACGCCCAACCACUGCUACACAAAUAUCCAGACCAUCAUCCUCAAACAUGUCACUUUAACCGUGUUUCUCAUCCCUUUAAGUGGCCUGGGCACAUGUCUGCCCAUGAUAGUGGUCUUUCACCCCGACAACCACACCGUUGCCAACCAGGACUGUGGAGUGAUAAUGCCUGACACCCUCCCUGGUAAGGUCUACGAAGCGCUCUAUCUGAUCCUCGCUGAUGUUCUGCCGGGGUUACUCAUGAUGAAAUGCUGCAUCUCUAUCUCCAUCCACCUGGCCAUGCACCUGCGCCACAUGAAAGCCAGCACCAAUGGAGCCCACGGCCCCAAGCUGGGCGCUCAGAUGAGGGUGAUCCGGAUGGCGUUGUCCCUUGUGGCGGUCUUCAUCGUCUUCCUCGUUGUUGACCUGUUCGUCAACUACCGGAUCGCGGUCCACCACGAGAACAUCAUCAUGCUCACUUUCUUCUUCACAUCAAUCUACACCACCGUCACUGCAAUGGUGCUGAUCUAUGGCAAGAAGCCUUUUUGGAAAGCGCUCAUACAUGAAUUCAACAUCUGCAUGGAUGAAUAUCCGUGUUUGUCGUGUCUGAAAGUGCCUGAACAAAAGGCCAAAUCCAGCACUCCUGCAAAAGUUAAAAACUGA